AUGCCUGAAAGAACAGCACUGCUGCAGAACUGCCGCUCCCUCCAUGUUAAGGGGAUACGGGAAGGAGAGGCGUUGCAAGAGGUAAAUUGUGCCAGUCCCAAAUUUACUGAACAGUCUAUAAAACUGUACAAAUAUUAUCAAUUCUCAGAAAUUCAUGCUGAAGUGCAGUUGAAGAAUUACGGAAAAUUUCUUGAGGAAUACACCUCUCAGCUGAAGAGAAUUGAAGAUGCUUUGGAUGACUCUGUUGGAGAUGUUUGGGACUUCAGUCUUGAUCCCAUUGCAUUAAAGCUUUUGCCGUAUGAACAGUCCUCUCUACUGGAACUCAUAAAGACAGAAAACAAGGUUCUAAACAAAGUAAUAACUGUAUAUGCUGCCCUUUGCUGUGAAAUCAAGAAGUUAAAAUAUGAGGCAGAAACUAAAUUUUAUAAUGGCCUCUUGUUUUAUGGAGAAGGAGCCACAGAUUCCAGCAUGGUGGAGGGAGAUUGCCAAAUACAGAUGGGAAGAUUUGUUUCUUUCUUGCAGGAGCUGUCUUGCUUUGUUACCCGAUGUUAUGAAGUGGUGGUGAAUGUAGUGCAUCAGUUGGCUGUUCUCUACACAAACAACAAGAAUGCACCUAAAAUUAUAGAGACAUCUGGAGUUCAUUUUCAGGCAAUGUAUGAGCACCUGGGAGAGUUGCUCACAGUCUUAAUCACUCUUGAUGAAAUAAUUGACAAUCAUGCCGCUCUAAAAGAUCACUGGACCAUGUAUAAGAGGCUGCUAAAAUCUGUCCAUCACAACCCUUCUAAGUUUGGGAUUCAAGAAGAUAAACUGAAGCCAUUUGAAAAGCUGCUGUUAAAACUGGAAUGCCAGUUACUUGAUGGAAUGAUAUUUCAGGCCUGCAUAGAGCAACAGUUUGAUUCUGUAAAUGGUGGAGUGUCAGUGUCGAAGAACAGCACGUUUGCUGAAGAAUUUGCUUAUACUCUUCGUACAACUUUUGCAAAUGUUGAAGCCAAACUUGGUGAACCUUCAGAAAUUGACCAGAGAGAUAAAUAUGUGGGCAUCUGUGGCCUCUUUGUACUGCAUUUUCAGAUUUUUCGGACCAUAGACAAGAAAUUCUACAAGUCAUUGUUGGAUGUCUGUAAAAAGGUACCAGCCAUCACAUUAACUGCUAACAUUAUCUGGUUUGCUGACAACUUUCUGAUUCAGAAGAUACCAGCUGCUGCCAAACUUCUGGACAAGAAAAGUAUUCAUACAGUUAAAAUGCAACGGGAGAACUUUCUACAGCAGAAGGCACAGUCACUUACCAAAGAUAUGCAGUCAUAUUAUGUUUUUGUGAGCUCGUGGAUGACAAAAAUGGAAUCUAUCUUGUCAAAGGAGCAACGCAUGAAUAAGUUUGCAGAAGAUCUUUCUAACCGCUGCAAUGUCUUCAUCCAGGGUUUUCUUUAUGCAUACAGUCUUAGCACCAUCAUUAAAACUACAAUGAAUCUCUACAUGUCAAUGCAAAAACCUAUGACCAAAACCUCGGUGAAAGCUCUGUGCAGACUUGUAGAACUUCUGAAGGCAAUUGAACACAUGUUUUACCGAAGAAGUAUGGUUGUGGCAGAUUCUGUGACACACAUUGCUCAGCAUCUGCAAUAUCAGGCUCUUCACUCUAUUUCUGUAGCCAAG